GGGAGCUCCGUGUGUCUUUCUCUGACUCCGAACCACAACUCGAGGGAUUAGACCACACCUAGUCUUAUUCAAUUCUGCUCAAGAUGGCUCUGCAAGGCGUUGAGCAGACGAUCCUUCGGGAUCCGGCUCUAUUCUACUGGAUUGUGUUCCCUAUCACUGUUGUUAUGAUUCUGACAGGUAUCCUCCGUCACUAUGCCACCGUCUUGAUGAACAACCCCCCGAAGCCGGCCUCGACGCUGGCCGAAUCCCGCGAACGUCUCGGGCUCAUUCGCGGCGUCAACCUCCGGAAUAACUCCUCCGUACUCUCCAAGGAGUCCUUCGGGAUGCGCAAGAACUACCUCGUUUCUGCCUACCAGAGCGGUGCUUUCCUCAAGGACCCCGCUAGUCGCGGCCAGCCGCCUGCGAACCCGAUGACCGAUCCUGCUGGCAUGGAGGCCAUGAUGGGCAUGAUGAAGGGGAAUAUGAUGAUGAUGAUCCCGCAGACGCUGAUUAUGAGCUGGAUUAAUGCGUUCUUUUCGGGAUUCGUGAUUUUGAAAUUACCUUUCCCGCUUACCAUUCGGUUCAAGUCGAUGCUGCAGUCUGGUGUUAUGACCCGGGAUUUGGAUGUUAGAUGGGUGUCCAGUCUUUCGUGGUAUUUCUUGAACUUGUUUGGUCUGCAGUCGGUCUUUGGGUUUAUUUUGGGUAGUGAUAAUGCGGCCAACCACAUGGCUUCGCAGAUGGCUUCGAUGAACCCUGCUGCUGGGAUUAACCCGUUCCAGCCCGGCCAGGAUCCCGAUAAGUUGUACCAGAGUGAGGCUGAGAACUUGGAGGUCAUUGAGCACUUUUGCAUUCUGGAUGGGGUCGAGGAGAGAGUGCUCGCUCAUUACGCGGGUAGGAAAAGCUAUUAGGUUAUGAUGGUCUGGCUUAUGGGUGUGUUUGGACUCUACUUGUUGAAUAUAUUAGAUGAAGUGCAGAUGUAUCAAUAUGACA